UGUCAAUUGGACUCGCUAAGCGAAACCGAGAACGUGGUGAACAACACAAAAAAACAAAACAGCUGAUAAGCCAACAACGCAAUUUAACUCGCGCAAUCCAAACAAAAAUCGUUCGAUUUACAAGUGCAAUAUUUUUACAAAAGUAAAGCAAACAAUUUUCAUAAACCAAAAUGUCUGCAUCACCUACUGCUCGUCAAGCCCUCAAUCAUGUGCUGCCCAUGGCCAUGACCAAGACCAAGAAGAUUGUUAUUACGGACCCCAUUCAAAUGCCCGAAGUCUACUCAUCGACUCCCGGUGGCACUCUCUACUCCACGACACCUGGCGGCACUAAACUUAUCUAUGAGCGCACUUUCAUGAAGAAUCUGCGUGGUUCACCCUUGAGCCAAACGCCACCCAACAAUAUCCCCAGCUGCCUGCUGCGUGGCACACCACGAACACCCUUCAGGAAGUGUGUUCCUAUGCCCACGGAAUUGGUGAAGAAGACGCAAUCGCUAAAGAUUGAGGAACAGGAACAGUUCCAGCUUGAACUGUAACCGAGAUAGCGAAAAGCAUUUCCCAAUUCCAAGCAGCAAACUGCCAAAACUCAUUUGCCAUACUGCAACAUCACGUUAUUUAUCAGACACCAUCAACCUAGUUGUAUUAUUAGUGAUAAUUCUCAAUCCCUCACAUUUUACCAAUUUAUCACUAAAUUACUCAUUUAACUAUUAAGUUUGUAGUUCUUCCCGUCGAUAGAGGCGAUUGUUUUAGUUUUUAGUCAUAUUGACUGGAUGUGUUCUUUGUAUUUUAUAUUAUACUAUUAUAGUUCUUAAGAAAAACUCAAAUAAACAAUACUACUUAAAUUAAA